CCACGUUUGAUCUAAUUACUGCUAGGGGAUCGUCCUCGUCUCAUUGAUGUAACGAUGCAAUUUUAAUGCUUCUUUCUCGGACCCCGGCUCUUCCCUCGGGAUUAUCGAAGAGACCGUUUCAUAAUAACUGAAAUACUCUCACUUUUGCUAGUUUUAGCUUAAGAACAAAUUGUCAUUAAAGAGUGCAACGGAUUUCCUUGGAAGUUUUACACCAACUGAACAAUGAGCUAAACUACCUUAAAAUCCAUUCUCUUUUUGGAUGUCACCAAGAUUUAAUGCAUUCUUUGGCUAUAUAAUCCGAAUUCCCCAGUCACCUUACCUCAUCUCGACCCAGAAACAAAUCCAUCCUCUUGCAGGUUUGAUCUACCUUCAGUAUCCAUGUCGACUGAGAGUCAAGAGGAGCAGUCAAGGGAUAGACUUGAUGGCAUCACCCGCCAACUGAAGUUCUCAAAGGGCAGAGAUUGGAUCGUUCAGAAGGCUGCUGAAUUGGCUAUCUUGUGCGAUGUCGAUAUUGGCAUUCUAAUGUUUUCUCCGGGAGGUCGAUUGACUAGCUUUUCUAGCAACGCAAGGGUUGAGGAUAUUUUCCUCCGUUAUUUUGAUCGCCUCGACAUAUUACGAGGAGGAUGCAGUGAAGAACUAGAGGUUUUGUGUCAGAAUCUCGAGCGCGUGAAGCAUGAAACUGAAAUGAUUGAAAAGAUGGCGAAAAUUCAGGCGCUCGAGGAAAAAUUCUGGAGGCUGAAACAGCGACAGAUCGAAGUACAAGGCAAGAUGAGAUAUUACAGUCCGCAGCUCGAGAGUAUCACAUCGGUUCAAGAAGCUGAAGUGCAUAGACGCUUCCUUAUCGAAGCUCUUCAGAAACUAGAAGAACUGAAGGAGAAAUUGCGUCAAAAUGUGCAGCAACCAUCUGCUAGUAUCGAGGCAUCUGCUGCCGAAGGUAUGGAUCAAAUUUGCAGCCUUGGAACAUCUAACCCUCAAAUGCCAAGAGGAAUGCCGUAGCGAACGACAAUACUCUCGUUCGAACCUCACCGUCAGCUUCCUACUGGAAGCUUUGAAGAGUGUCAAACUAUUUACGAUAUGCUUAGUAUCCAUCUCCCUAUGUAAUCCUCUCAUAUUUCAGCUUCAGCGAGAAUGCAUCAUCUUCGUUGCAACUUGUUCUGGUUCUAUUUCAAGAUAUUUGAAUCGUUUUUU